AUGUAUGCCUGCCCACCUAUGCCUCCUGUACCCUGCCCACCGGAAUGUCCACCCUCGAAACCGAAAUACGAUCCUUCUGCAAGAUAUUACCGAGAAAUUGGGACUGCGGUGAUUGGAAAUCAUUUGAUAAUUCGUAUGGAAAGAGAAAAGGGAAAAUCGAAAAAGUUGAAAGGUUGGGAUCCUCCGUGCGAUUGCGACGUGAUAGAAAUACAGAGGCCGACGAGCACCCAAGGGCCGAAAAUAUUGAAGAGGACUGACAACAAUCGGAUCCUGUUCCGUGUCGAGUCGAAGAACGCUGCUGCGAAAAUAGACGAGGAAGAUACCAAGCCUCAAGCCAUUUCUUACGAGGUACAAAGGGGAGGUCCAAACACGAAUAAUCAGUGCAGGACGUUCACUAUUUACCCUGUUCUCGAUGGUUCCGAUGCCCAGGAAGUCCAUACGGAUCGCGUGACCGAAGGAAACGAGAACGUGUUCAUGUUAAAAGUGAAAAAGAAGGGUAUUUCCGUUGAUCAACCGAGAAGAAACGUAGAACUCGAGUUGAGAACGCCUAAACCACCGACACCACCGGCACCACCUCCGGAAGAACCGAUACUGAAAUAUCAACAACCGACCCGAAACGUUGAUUUUACGCAAAACGAACAUGAUACAGCGAAGACGAUGUCAAAAACAAAAUUAAGAAAAAUUAAAAAACGGGGGAAGAUGGGAAAAAAAUAAUUUAGAAUCUGUAAGAAACGUUUCAUCGUUUGAAAAAAUUCAAAGCACGUAGAGAAGUAAAUAAAGGCCACGCUGUUUCGCAUAGUAAAAUACAUUUAAGGAGAAAACAAUUUUAAAGAAUUAAAAAAGCUCGUCCUCUUCCUUGUAAAGAUCUAAGAGAAGUUUUCUCCAGAAUCAUAAAAAUCAUUGUUACAUCGUCAAAAUUUAAAAAGUGAGACAACUUCUAAAAUAUCAUCGAACAUCUAGAAGCCACAGAAAGUCGCCUUGGAAUUAUUGAAAAUACUACUAACAAUUUUACUACCUAAAAAGCCUCGGUAUUAGCAUUGUCAACACUUACCGAGUCAUUGUUACAACGAACUCGCAGGUACAUCGUCAUUCUACGUAUUUACGCCGAGACUACCGAACGAUUUCUGAAUGAACUUGCAGACAGGGUUCCUCAAUGAAGUUCGCAAAAAUGUAAGAACAGGUCUGUGAUGCGUAAAAGUGUGCGAGUCAGCGUGCCUCCUUCCUCGUUCAUCUAUAGCAGAAGCAUCUGUAGAAAAUUGUUUCGUUACGGCCGAAUGAAUCGUCCUCGAUGCUCCGCUUUCCCGAAGAGGUCCUUGGAUCGUCAACGAGGAAUCGUCAAUGAGGACGAUCGAUGAUGCGACGCCUCUCCUGGGACCUUAUUGUGAACCAUUCGAAUUAACGUUGGGAUGAUCCUUGUAAUUGCCUCUAACGCCUUCCUUCCUUUUGUAAUUGUUACUUCACAACGAUCAUUGCGAAUGACAACGGGUAUUCUGCGUAGCGUAGCAUUGACAAGUUUCUCAGAGGAAUAUAGGAUGGUAUUUUUUAAUGAUUCUUCUGAUUGCACGCUGUGAUAACGGGAAAUUUCGGUGAAUCGGAUAACUUGACAUUUUUAGAAUAUUAUUGUAAUUUGGAAUUUCUUGAUCAUUUUUACGGAGGUCUUUGGUUUCUUGGUAUCUGUGCCGAGCUAAUAACGAUGCAUGUGCGUUAAUUACAUAAGAGUAACAAUAAUAUCGAAUUUUUGAUAAUCUUCUCGACGAUCUGAUGUUUGCAAUUUUUCUAUAUUUCCAACGGCAGAAAAAUUCUCAAUUUCUACGAAAUCUCAAACAAAUAAUAAUUCUUUCGUUGAACAAGACUCGAUAACGCGGAGAAAAUUAAACGAAAAGGUAUGGAGGAAUAAGAAAGAAAAGCGUGGCGUGUCCAUAAUCGCGAUCGUCGUGGCUGUUUAUAAACGCAGUCGUUCUAUCCGUGUGGUCGGCUAGUCUAACAAAAGUUCUGGUCAAUAAAUUAGACGAACAACGAGAAGGACGUGCUCCCGAUGUACGAAAAAUAGCGUGACACGUAUGAUCGCGUCGGUAGGUGGAAGAGCGAACGUCUGUUCCAGUGGCAGUCUGUCGUAAAGAAAAGUCUGCGGUCACCGAUGAAUGGAACGACAAGUGGCCAAGAUAUUAUACGUGGGACGAAUCUCUUCAACGAAUAGAAAGGAAACUUCUCGAGGGAGGGAAUUUUAGGGUGAAAAGAUAAUUGGAAAGACUUCGGUAAUAGAAUGAAGAACUUUCGCACGGUCCCACGUAAGUUUAAGAAUCUUUUGUAACAUGUACAAACAAAUCUUUAGA